UUGCAGGAGAUUGAAGAUCAAGAAGAACUAGACAAGAAGCUGAAAAGACGUCAAAGGAAUAAGGAGGCUGCUGCGCGAUGCCGUCAACGACGUCUCGAUUUGAUGACAAAUUUGCAAGAGCAAGUGGAUAAAUUUAAAGCUGAAAAUGAGAAGAAAGAGUUGGAAAUUCGUGCAAUGAAAACACAGGUUAGUUAA